AUGGCUGACGGCUUGGUUCUCAGGGGAGGAAGCGUGCUCCGUCGAGUUUCCUUUGGAGUUACUUCCUCAACAGUACACAAGCGCACGCUAUCCGAGAUGUCAGAUCCAAUACCCAUACCGGGCGCGAAAUCGAGGUCGGAGCCAGCGAUCGAUACCAACAGUCUCUCGCCAGACCUACCGCGAGCGCCCAUCGCGACUUCGAUAGGGUCUUCUCCCUCUGAAGGCAGCAAGACGCCGAUUCUCGAUGCCUCCACGCCGGGUAGCCCGCGACUUUCGCGAAAUCCAUCGUUCUCUGGCAGCAGCUCAUAUCAGGAAGACUGGGAUGCAUUUCCUCCUUUAGACAGGCUCACGGUCUUCGACUUGUUGGACAAUUUUGCUCUCCCUCAACAACUGGAGAAGCUUCAGAGGAAUAUACACGUCCAGACGGAAAAGGUCAGAAGGCAGAGGGAUGCGUUGAAGACUAAAGGAACACAUGCGAAAGACCGUGUGGUUGAACAAUGGCGGAGGCGGGUCCCUCCAGCAGACGAGCAGUUGGAGAAAUAUAGGAAGAGGAUGCGCACGAGCGUUGACAGACUUGGAGAACGUUGGAAUGACACAAAGAUCGUCACUGCCAGAGAGAAGGUGGCAUUCAUCUGCGGAGUUUUGAACGUGCUCAUCAGUGGAUACUUGAUAGGCGGCUAUCCAGAGUAUUUCCAUUGGUGGUACACGGUUCAGCUCCUCUACUUCAUGCCCGUCCGAUUCUACACAUACCACAAGAGAGGCUACCAUUACUUUCUUGCGGACCUCUGCUACUUCGUCAACCUCCUCUGCCUCUGUACGAUAUGGAUUUUCCCGAAAUCCAAACGGCUCUUCAUCAGCACCUACUGUUUAGCCAUGGGAAACAACGCUGUCGCGAUUGCUAUGUGGAGGAACUCGAUGGUUUUCCAUAGUUUCGACAAGAUUACCAGCCUAUUCAUCCACAUAAUGCCCUGCGUAACACUUCAUUGUCUAGUCCACCUUUACCCCCCGGAAUUGCAAGAAACCCAAUUCCCAGCAAUCUGGAAAAUCAAGACAUCGCCUCCUGGCUCGAAAACACACUACUCCCUGAUCGCCAUGACGUUAUGGUCAACUAUCCCAUACGCAUUCUGGCAGCUCUCCUACCACUUCAUGAUCACCGUCCGCCGCCGCGAAAAGAUCGCCGCCGGCCGCCCAACAUCCUUCACCUGGCUCCGCAAGUCCUACUCCAAAGCCUGGAUCGGAAAGCUCGUCCUCUCACUCCCCAACUCACUACAAGAACCCGCAUUCAUGCUCAUCCAAUACUCCUACGCCGUCCUCACCAUGCUCCCCUGCCCCCUCUGGUUUUACUACCGCUACGCCUCAGCCACCUUCCUCAUGGCCGUCUUUUGCUGGUCCGUAUACAACGGCGCGACAUACUACAUCGAUGUCUUUGGCAAACGCUUCCAGAACGAGAUGGAGGCUAUGAAGAGGGAGGUGCAGAAAUGGCAGAGUAGUCCGGACAUGACUAGUCCUAUAUUGACACCGAAAAUCGAACCCGGUGGAGAAUUAGGCGCGUUGUUAGAGACGGAUCCAGAGAAUGGGAAUGGAAAUGGAAAUGGGAGCGCCCACGACAGGAGUACGAGCGUGGAUAAGAUCCCGUUGUUGAACGAACAGGUUGGCGGUGCCACAGGAAUUGACGAUGGGGCUAAGACCGUUGCACGGGAAAGGAAGAUUGGAGAUUUACCAGCGUGA